CAUAGGGAUCCCAACCACGUACAACUUGCCCGCCAAAUGUCAGCUCGAAUUGUACACAGAAAACCGUGACGUCAAUUAGCAACAACACAAAAGCACAAUGGUGGACAUGUAAAUCGAGGCCUAGCAAAAUAAUCAUACAGCAGCUGUUUUAACGAUAAUACAAAGAUAUAAAAAUGGGAAAGAAAGUCAAGGAAGACAAGAAACCACCUCCAGAUGAUGUGUUUGACACCCUCUCUGUGGAGAGCAGACAGGCUGGGACUGUGGUACUGAUGCUGAGCAGCCCAGAGGAAGAUGUCCAGUCUAAAGCCUGCGAGGCAAUCUACAAAUUUGUUGACAAAUGUGAUGAGAACAAGAAGCAGCUGCUGGAUCUGGGUGCUGGAGAAGCUUUGUUAAAGUUGAUGCAGAGUGAGGACCGCAUAGUCAGAAGAAAUGCCUGCAUGGCGCUAGGUGUCAUGACCGCCAACCCUGAUGUUAGAAAGUUCCUCAGGAAAAGGGAAGAGUCAAUACCUGCAUUUAUCCAACUACUAGCACCAGAAGAGGAUACGGUUGUACAUGAGUUUGCAGGCCUUGGUUUAUCCAAUAUGGCUACAGAGUUCAGCAGUAAGGCAACAAUAUUUGAGUCUGGAGGAGUUGAUGCCCUUGUAAAAUGUCUAGGUUCUAGUGACCCUGAUGUCCAGAAAAACAGUGUAGAGGCUCUGGCACAACUACUGCUUGACUAUCAAUCCCGGGCUGCCAUUCGUGAUGCUGAUGGACUAAACCCAUUGCUAGAAUUGCUCAAGUCUGAGUUUGCUAUCAUACAGAAACUCUCUCUUCUGGCCUUGGAUAGAGCCUCACAAGAUUCUGAGAAUAGAUCUGCACUGCGUGAAUUAGAAGCCAUGACAAAACUGGUGGACUUUGUGGCACAUCCUGAAUGGAAUGAUCUCCAUGUUAUGGCUGUUAUGGUCCUCUCCAACCUCCUGGAAGAUCUAGAGAGCUUAGAGCUUGUGAAGGAGACAGGGGGCCUGAAACGUCUUGUAGCAUUAAUAACAGACCAGGUCCCUCCUGAGGAGGAGCCUAAAGCUGGCACAGGGAAGGGGGAGAAGAAGGCGGGGUCACGCGCGGCCAAAAAAUCCGCCAAGGGAAGUAAGUCAGGUAAGAAAGAGGAGUCUGAGAAAGAAGAACCACCCCCGGGAGAAGCCAUCAUCCCCACCCUCCCUGACGUCAAGAUGAGUGCUGCUAAGGCCAUCGCAAGAUCAGCCAGAAGUGCUGAGAACAGAAAAAUCCUGCAUGAGCAGGAGGCAGAGAAGAUGUUGAUUCACCUUCUGAGUCACGAGUCGACGGACGUCCAGACAGCCGCGGCCCAGGCCCUGGGGAUCAUGUCCGAGAACCUGCUCAGCAAGGACUCCAUCAGGGAGUGGGAAGGCAUGCAGCCCCUGAUAAAGCUGUGUAACUCUGAUAAUGGAGAUGUUAAGGAGGCUGUUACCUUAGCCUUGGCCAACCUUACCACCGGAAACUCCACUAACUGCCAGGAGGUUAGUAACUUGAAUGGGGUGGAGACCUUGAUCCACCUACUGGCUGACCCCCGAGAUGAGGCAGUGGCCAACACUUGUUGUGUUCUGACAAACAUGGCUACAGAGGAGGCACUGAGGACUGAGGCCCAGGGGAAAGGAAUCGUCACAGCCCUCCUGGAACCUCUCAAAUCACAGAACACAAGAGUUCAGGCUAAAUCAUCUUUGGCAGUGGCUGCUUAUGUGUGUGAUGCUGAUUCCAGAUCAGAGUUCAGGAAUGCGGGAGGCCUGGAGAGUUUGAUCCAGCUGUUGCAUUCUGGGAAUGAUGAGGUGAGGCGUAAUGCAGCCUGGGCCUUGGCAGUUUGUGCAGUAGAUGAACCUACUGCCGUUGAGAUCUGUAAACUAGGUGGAAUGGAUCUUCUACAAGAAAUCCAGGUAUCAGGCACCAGAAAAAAUCCAUUUGCAGAGGUUGCCCUUGAAAGAUUGCUGGACGCAAACCUGUCUGCUAAAUAUGCACUGACUGGACAACUAAGUUCUACAAAUCUAAUAGAGGAUGGUUUUUAUGAUGCUGGACAAAUCCGACCCAACACAAAGUUUAUGUCAAUAGAAGAUUACUGCAAACAGGAGUUAAAUGACAAGCGGCCAGUUCUUUUUAUAAAUGCCAAGGCUGACCCUGUAACCACACAGUCUACAUCAAAUCCCGAGAUGGAGGCAAAGGAGAAUUCUAAGACGAAUGUGUCCGGAAAAUCCUCACGAACAGGACGGGAGGGAAAAGGGGGUAGACGUCGAGCCUCCAUGAUUCCAGAUGAUGUUGAUAGGAAAUCUAAACAAAAAGAAAAGGAAGAGAAACAGAAAGAGGAAGAACUCCAGGCUCAGCUUCAGAAAGAGGCUGAGGCACUAGCUAACUCAGAGAACCAGCCAGUCAACCCACCUACUGACUCUAACCUGGUGAAAUACAUAGAGGAGGUGACAGAAAGAAUUCUCCCUCUGGCUACAGCUACUGAUCAAGUGAAGGCACUAGCUCAAUUUGUUGCUGACAAAAUGGGAGGACCUAUUGAGAAAGGACAACUGCCAAACUUCAGCUGGGAACUUCCUCUUAGUCAAGUGAAGUUUGAGUUGAAAUCUAAUGUUGUCCCUAUUGGAAAAAUCAAAGCUGGAAUUCAUGUCCACAGAGCUCUGUUAUUCAAGGCCCUGGCAGACAGGAUUGCUCUCCCUUGUUCCCUGACGAGAGGAGAUUACAACAGAGCUUGGAAUGAGGUCAUGUUACCCGAGACCCAAGAACAGCCUGGAGGACAGAAAUUUCCACCCUGUUGCUUUUUGGUGGAUUUAAUUCACCAGCCUGGUCAGUUACUGAAAUCAGAUUCCCCGGAGGCUGUUACCUACAAAAAACUGUGAAUAGACUGCAUGUGAGGAAUAGCUCUGAUGGACCAUCACCCGUACGACAGACAGACAGACUAACAAUGUGGACACACUCUCCUAGUGUCUGUGAUAUUCUUAUGAUUCCUUUAUUUAUUUUUGUUUAAAAACUGACAUUAACAUGUAUUUUAUAUUGGAAUUAAAUAUUGUUACAACUUUCAA